AUGUAUGACAUAAACAAGGUGGUGAGUGUGGAGGUGAGGAGCGCAGAGUUGGACGUGCUGAACAGCGAAGAGCUAAAGAAAAUUUCUAUGGGCAAGUACGAGAAUGAAUUGCUAGAAUAUGAGAGAACGCACUCCAGUGGGGUUACCUCCACAAUAUAUUUCGACCCCAAGUAUGGCACAGUAGAUUACAGGCAAAUCUGUAGCAUCUGUUUCGAGAAACACGAAAACUGUGUUGGACAUAUAGGGCAUUUGGAGUUUACCUUGCCUUUAUUUAACCCCCUUUUUUACAAAGAUUUGUGUGAUUUACUUGCAUUAGUUUGUUUCAACUGUUACCAUGUGUGUUGUUCUGAGGAUACCAUUUUUCUGUUAAAGCAUAUUUACCAGCUGAGGGCUCUGAACGAGAUAGAGAGCUCCAAUGGGAUCGUCUGCAAGAGGAACUACGAUAAGGAAUACGUCAUUGGGAAAAUUGAAAAGCUGUAUAGGAGGAUUUGCGAACAGGAGGGGCUCGGCUGCUCGGGGGAGGUGGACACAACUAACUGUGCCAAUAAUACAGACGGUCACAACUAUGACAAUGGAACAGACGGGAAGAACCACACCCAUUUAGACGACGCACCAAACAGCGCAGAGGAAGCUGAGGGAACACACCAGAAGGAGAACGAUAACCCAGUUAACUUCAAAAAGAUGAAGGAGAAAAUUAAAAAGUUCAAUUUCGACGCAACGAAGCUGGCCUUCCAGUCGAACUACAACUACGAGCAGUACUUACAGCUGAUCAAGACGCUCAAGGUACUAAUGAAAAGGAAUGAGCGGUGUCCUUCUUGCAAAUUUAGGAGAAACAUAUCAACGAGGAUGUCCCAGAAGAGGGACACAGUAAAUUUCGUGGGACUAUACCUGCAGAACUCAUUUCUGAAAAAGUAUAUGAAGGAAUGGAAGAAACGGGGGCAGGGGGAAGGCCCCCCCGUGGUUGGGGAGGAGGACCUGGAGGAGAUGGUGGAUCGGGAGGAGGACGGAGAGGGCAUCACUACAAAUGGUGAUGACUCUGCCAACGUUGGUCAUGACGCUCAUUACACGGUUGAUGCGGAUGAUGCAGGUGAUGCUUUUUCAGUCGUUGCUGAUGAAGGGACGCCCCCCAGGGAGAGCUUCCCCGAAAUGGUGCACAACUACAAGAAGCAGAACGUGAAGGAGAAGAGCACCGUGAGGCUGUUCAGUUUCCAACUGAUCGACCUACUAGAAAAAAUUUUCAAAAAAAACGACAGAGAAAUUAUGACUCUGUUGUAUCCAUUCACAAGGAGGGAUGGACACAAAGUGUUCUUCCUGCACGACAUGGGGAUCAGUGCAAACAGAUUCCGCGUGAAGAUGAGAGGAACACACAAAAAGACGAAAAUGAUUACCGUGUUGAAUAAGUUCAACGCGCUACUUACCUUAUGUAUUAGUGCCAAGAAGGAAAUCGACUUCGACGACCUUCUCGAAAAAAACAAGAGAGAGCUCCAAUUAUACAAAGAAAUGUUCUCUCUAUUCUCCAUCCGAGUGAAGUACAAGUUCAACACUGACAUAAUGGAUGACGAUACUGAGAUGACCAAAGUGGACUUCCUAAAGAGUUAUGAUCUGAUUUAUAGAAACAAAAGUGCAUAUAUUAACAUCCUUUUUAGUAACUUACAAGUGGCAGUGAACAGUUUUUGCGACGGCGCAUUUGCUGCACAUUUGCCAACUGGAAAACUGUCUAACCAGGGAUUGAGGGAAAUACUAGAUAAGAAGGAAGGACUUUUACGAAAAAACAUCAUGGGGAAGAGAGUGAACAACUGUGCUCGUACGGUCAUUUCGCCUGAUACGUUUAUAGAGACGAACCAGAUUGGGGUGCCACUUGAAUUUGCAAAAAAACUAACCAUGGAUGAGUGCAUUACUGAGAAUAAUUUAGAUUAUGUGAAGCGACUCAUUCUGAAUGGGCCCGAUAUCUACCCUGGUGCGUUAAGUUAUAGAGACGCCAGGGGAAAUGUUUUCAAACUCCCCAAUGAGUAUGAAAAGAGGGAAAAUUUUGUAAAGCAACUCGAAAAGAUGGACUUAAAAAAGCAAAGCGCAACGAUUGUAUUGCAUAGACAUGCCCGAGAUGGAGACAUCGUUAUUAUGAACAGACAACCAACCUUACAUAAAUUUUCAAUCAUGGCACAUUAUAUGAAAAUUUUCCAAAGGGAGAAAGUAUUCCGUCUGAAUUAUGUAAACUGUAGUUCUUACAAUGCAGACUUCGAUGGGGAUGAAAUGAACCUCCACUUGUUGCAGACACCACAUGCCAGAUCGGAGGCAACACACCUAAUGAAUAGUGAUUUUCUCUUUACCAGUUUUAAGGACGGUUCUCCUUUGAGAGGACUAGCACAGGACUUCAUCCUGGGAGGACUCCACUUGACUUCUCUAGAGACGUUCCUUAACUACGAUGAGUACUGCAACCUUCUGCAGUGUGCCCUAAACUGUUUGCUCUCCAAGAAGGACUGCUUCUUCUUUGAGAAGGGUCGUCCCACGCAGGGGGAAAACACCAACACGGAUAAAAACACCAAUAGGGGUGAAAACACCAAUUCGGGUGAUGACUCCCCUGGAAGGAAGAGGCAAUCUACGCAACCUAGGCAAACCACGUGGAAGAUACGAAAUCACAGUUAUCUGGACCCCUACGCUGUGGUGCUGAACAGAACCCACUUUACCAUCGUGACGGAGGAGCCAACCAUCCUCUUCCCACGUAAACUCUGGACAGGAAAGCAACUAAUAACGAGCAUACUAAAAACCAUAAUAGAUAAAGUUGCCAUAGAGACGUACAACCAAAGGAGGGAUAACGAAUUUAUGCAAAACUACAAAGGGAUCAACUACUACGCGAAAGCCAAGACAGAUCCAUCCCUGUGGUCCUUUGAUCCAAUAAACGAGUCGGAAGUAAUUAUAAAAAAUUCGGAGCUCCUCCAAGGAGUGUUAGAUAAACUCCAUUUCGGGGCAAGCUCCAACAGUUUCGUACAUCUAUGCUAUGAAUUGUUCGGUCCAAAGACGGCAGCAGUUAUUCUAGACUGUUUUGGACGGCUGUUCAUUAGCUUCUUACAAUUACGGGGCACAAGUCUGAGCCUUUAUGACUUUAUUUUAAAAAAAGACGCCAAAGAGGAAAAGCGUAAUAUACGGAAGAGGAUCUCCUUCACUGGCUUUUACCUCCAGAGCUUAUUUACGCACGCCAUAGGGAAGGCGCUUAAUGUAGACGUGCAUGAGAUGAAUGGAUACAGUAGGGCCAAGUUGAGUUCCUACAGAGAGAACAACGACCUGUUCGUAAACAACCUGUAUGAUCUGUAUAGACGUCGGAGUGACUUCAUCGGUGACUGCCAGGGGGAGAACACCCACCCCAUUGGUAAGAGGAGUAAGAGGAAUGAUCACUCGAAUCAGACAGGCCAACAGGAGGAGGAGGAGGAAAAGCUGCCUCCGUCGGAAGAACAGCUGGACAUAAAGGAAGAGGCGUACUUCGGUGCGUUGCUGAAUAAGGAAAUACAACACCUGUUGGAGGAACGCCCAGGGGAGGAGGAGACCCCCAAGUUGUUGACCUCCUCCCUCGUGCAGCGCAUGCUGGAAGGAAUGAUCACAACACGUUCAUAUGAAGCAGAUGAAGAGGAAGGAACAGGCCAAGCUGAAGUCCUAACGGAAGAAGUGCCUUGCAACCUUCGCAAGACCCUCGUGAGGAAGCUGUUCCAUUCGUUAAGCGAACCCCGCUUCAUGGAUAGACCUAACUUUGUUGGGGACAAGGCCACCAAGGUAAUAGAGAAGGUCAUUCGUUUUUUGAAAAGAGCCAAUUGUAGUAGGAGACUGAAGGUUUACAUCCUGUUUGAGCUAUUCCAAAGUAAAGGGGUGAUGAAGCACUUCCCCGCUUUGGCUAGCUGCGUGAACGACCUCUCUCACGAGGUGAGCAAUGAGGAAAUCCUGCACCACGUGCUGAGCAGCGUCAGUGAGGAUAGGGCAAAGGAGGAACCAGAACAGAGUGGAAACGCAACAGCUACGGAAGAGAUGCUAGGCCAGUUCUUGCGCCUAUUGGAGGACAUGGAGGACGGGUGCGGGUUUGAAGGGAACAGUGAAGAAGAUCAGGAAAACAGAGAACCCUACGAAGCUCCUCCCCCAUGCAUGAACGACCACGAUGAGCAGAUGAUUAGGGACUGCCUGAAAAAGAGCUUCCCAUCCUUUCUACUGAACGACGAGAUAGGAAAUCUGUCCUUUAACGGAAAGGACCACUACUACGAGGAUUACGUGAACCAAAAAGGAACGGAAGAAGACAUGAUCUUCCAGUUCUAUAACAUGAAGGAUGUAUUCAACAAGCUGGAAUUCCUCAUCCAGAGAUACUUCCUCCAGAUGAGAGGGGACUUCGACGGAUUAAUCGACUCCCUCUUCCAGCCGUAUCUAUGUCGAGUCUCCUCCAACACCAACAACCUAAUCUCCAUGGAAAAUUUAAUGAACAAAUUUUUAAACAACGGGUUCAGUAACAUGAUUUUUACCGGUGCCAAAGGGAGUAAAGUGAACUACGCUAUGAUCUGUGGGAUGUUAGAUCAGCAGUUCUUAGAUGGGAAGAGAGUUCCGAGGAUGAGGUCAGGAAAAACUUUGCCGAGCUUUCAUCGAUACGAUUAUGGUGCUAGAGCAUGUGGGUUAAUUACAGACUGUUUUUUGGAAGGACUCAGACCACAGGAAUAUUUUUUUCACUGCAUGUCUGGUAGGGAGGGACUUAUCGACACAGCUGUGAAGACGGCUAAGUCAGGCUACAUUCAGAGGUGCCUUAUUAAAUGCAUGGAGUCGGUUAUACUGCACUAUGACGGCACCGUUAGGAAUGAGGAUAAUGCAAUUAUUCAGUUUUUGUAUGGAGAGGAUGGUAUCGACCCGUCUAGGAUCAGUUACUUAGAUGCACCCAAGGACCUGAUUAGCAAUUACCAUGUCGCGUUUAGCAAGUAUCUCCUGCACGACGCGGUAGGGAAGAUGGAGAGAAAUGAGCGAUUAUUUAGAGGGAGGGAUGAAACAGAUCAUUGGGGUGAUGACCCUCUGGAGACGCAGUUCUCUCCCUACUCCUACAUGGGGGCCACAUCUGAGCGGUUCAGAGAGAAAUUGCAUCACACCAUUGCUAACGACCUAAACCUGGCCGAUUGUUACAACCUUCCAGAUAACUUUGACGCACAGUCUGCAUCCCUCCUGAAGUCUAUGUAUUUCAGAUCGCUCUGUGAUCCAGGUGAAUCAAUAGGUAUUUUGGUGGGCCAAUCGUUUGGAGAACCGGCCACGCAAAUGACUCUUAACACAUUCCACUUGGCUGGAACGGAGAACGUUACCAUGGGAAUACCCCGACUGAAGGAGAUUUUUUUGACAUCUAAGUUGACCUCCAAGCCGAUGAUAUAUGUGCCUAUUAAAAUGGACGAACGGGCCACUACCAACAGCGAUGCGAAUGCCAUGAAAAGUUACAUUAACGAAAUUGCAGAGAAAAUACUGAGUAGCUAUAAGAGCAUCUGUCUGAGUGACGUAAUUUACGGGGUAGGGGUGGAUCGGAAGUUGAUUCUGCGGGAAGCGGGGGCAAAGAACGCACAGAUACACAGUCUACAGGUGGUUACCAAUGGAGGGGAAGACCAACAUAUGGAAGGACAACAAUAUUCUUCCUCCACCGCAUGCGAAGGGGACGUGCAAGCGGCAAAAGUAAUGAACGCGUUACAGAACACACAACUAAGUUUCGACAUCCAGAAGGAGUGGAACUACGAGAUCGUGAUCCAAUUUGAGAAUCUACACCAUUUUUGCCAAAUAAAUACCCACCUAACUGUGCAGGGCAUUUUAAGCAAAGCAGUGAACUGUGUCCUAUACUCUGUGCUUAGUAAAAUUCAGGAGAGACUACUUACCUACAACAUGCGGCACGUACACGCCUUCAACCAUGAACACUACGAUGAGUUGUUUGAUUUCGUUUGCGCGAAGAUGCAGGAGGAGUUCAACUUUAACAUGCAGAAGUUUGAAUACAAAAAUGACGAGGAUAAAAUAAACGCAAAGUUGAAAUUCAUGGGUUCUGCAGUGGGGGGGUCCAAAAACGACAUGGAUGAGACGGUCGUGCGGGAUGAAAAUCACAUAGAUGAGGAAGACGCCUAUAACAAUGGAGCAGGGGGGGAUGGCUCCUUUGGGAAGAAUCCCAACGGGGAAGACACUCCUAGAAAUUAUGGUAACGAAGGGGAAGACGGGUUAAGUGACCACAUGGAUGGAAAAACUGUUGGUAUGGAAAAUGGUAAUGACGAUGGUGGGGAAAGCAACACGGAGGAUGAUGAGAAUGGUUCGCACGCUGGAGACAAAAACCGCAGCAACAGCAACAGCAGCGGCGGAUCGGAGGAGGAAGGCGAUGCAGAUGCAGGUUCGCAGUCUGAGGAGGAGAAAGACUACGAUGAGAGUGAGCGAAGUGAGGGGGACUUGGAGGAGGAAGAAGUUGUAACAGAGAGGGAGGAAGCCACUACCGAGGAGGAGGAGCAGCUUGAAGAAGACGACGAGGGGGAACACCCACCUGGUUGCAGGGGAAAAGCCAAGCGGAGAAGAAGCUCCGAUCAGGAGUCCCAACUAUCGGAAGGGUUUGACGUGUCUAGCGUUACGAAGAAUGACCCGUUGCUGAAGGGAAAGCGACAAUCCGUUGGGGUGACAGUUGCUCCUCCCAAACUGAAGACUAACGGGUCCCCCCUGUCGGAAAGGUCCACAUCGGCGGAGCGACUCGGGGAAGAAGUCUACACGGAGGAGAGUGCAAACCAGUCAGAUGGUCACCCUGGAGGAGGAAACUCCGACGGGGAAGUGGUAGCCAAUUGGGAUGAUGAAAAUGAAGCCAACCCAGAAGAUGAAGAAUGGGAAGAGAGAAUUGCUAAAGAGUUUGCAAACCUACCGUAUGAUUAUAAAAAUAAUGUGAAGCUAAAAAAUGAGAGUGAUGAAGAGGACGAUGAAAGAGUGGAAAGAGAAAAUGGCAACACAGAGAAUAUAAAAAGUGAAAAAAAAAAAUGGGUAAAAAAUAUAAUAGAGAAGCUCAAGUGCAGUUUGUUAUGCUUCGUGAAGAAUAUCAGCUUCUCCCCAAUCACGUGGAUUCUAAAGUUUGAGAUCGGGUGGGACAUAAACUUCUUCCCUCACGCCAUAGACUUCUUAAGUUACGUGCAGACAGAACUAGCGAAAGAAAUUCUUUUCAAGGUGAAGGAUCUAAACAACCCCAAGGUGCUCAAAGGGAAGGAUAUAACCCACACCGGUGCAGAAUAUGAGCUACAAAUUGAAGGGAAAAAUAUUUUCCAACUUUACAACAUAAAGGAUAAGUUUAUUGAUAAGACGAAGCUUUACUGCAACGACAUCUACACGAUUGUGAAGACCUAUGGAAUUGAGGCAGGGCGGCUUUGCAUCACGAAGGAGCUGAAGAAGGUCUUCGAGGCGUACGGAAUAAAGAUCGACUUUCGCCAUUUGUCCUUCAUUAGCGAUUUUAUGACCCACACGGGCGACCUGAAAUCGUUCAGCAGACACGGACUGGGGUCCUUCCGCAACGUCUUCCACAAGAUGAGCUUCGAGUGUGCCACCAACUUCCUCACGCAGGGCUGCGUGCACAACUCAGUCGACUACUUGUCGACCGCCUCCAGCAGUUUAUUCUUCGGAAAGCCAAUCAAGGUUGGAACGAACGUCUCUGACAUCGUGACGCACAUCGAGGGGUCCGAAUGA